GGAGUCGCUCCACUAUAUCAGGCAAAGCACGUGGGUCACUCAGAGAGAAAGAUUUUCGGUUUUCGCCCAUAACUGCUGCUACAUAGGAAGGAAGAGAGAACAUUUAAUUCAGCAACAUGGUUUCAGGACUUCUCUCGGGCUGUGUUUUACUUGUGGCUUUCUCACUAUACACAGAAGGAAAGGCUGUGUCACUAGACCGACAAAAACGUGCGCCGGGGAGGCAGCAUCCCAGAUUAGGCAGACGAUCACAAGAGUUAUUAGAAAUACAGAGACGACGAUGGCAGCACCCUCGUUUAGGCCGCAAGCGAUCCGAGGAAGAAACUGACCUCUGGCAGACAAACGAAAGCAUGGGCGGGCCGGAAGCAGUGGAUAUUGAUCCCGCCCUGAAAGAGCAGUACGUUAACCUCUUUGUAGAACUUUUAUCGUCCGCAAUACAGUCGAACCCGGAACAUUACCAGAACUUUUUAGCCUACCCAAGAGGUGGUAGAUCAAGUAAUCCAAUGGCAUUCUCGAGGGACACACGGGCGAUGUUUAGCUACCCAAGGUUAGGCCGGUCCGGUGCUGGAUUCCCGGCUGAUGUUUUAGAUGGUCUUAGUUGCUGUAACUUUGGCGUCAAAUCCAUCAAUGGUAUGGCGAUGUGUUCUGCCAGCGAGUGUUGUUCAGGUCUUCAGGAGUAUCGGGACGUCAAAAAGCCAUUCGUGUUCACACUCUGUGUAUUGGACAGCCCUGAAGAGGACAAGGCGUGAUGAUCUGUAGUUAUACGGCUUCUAAUGCAAUAGAUAGCAUAUGUAGUUUUACAAGUUGAAAGCAACCAAACUUCACAUCAAGCGCCCAGCUAUUUCAUUUUAAAGACGAACUGUUAUUUAAUUUCGCCGGUUGCAUUUACAAUGGACAGUGAUUAUUGCAAAGCUAAGUAGCUGUUUCCCCAAGUAGACAUCAGUCUUAUACACGUGUGUGAUUCAUGUAAAAAAUGGUAGUUGUUUAGGAACAUGCGUGCAACGAUAACAGCUUUUAUCGGACAUCUGGUGGCUUUAUACCGAGCCCGAAUCAUCUUAGCAAAAAGAGACAAUUUACUAGUUAAAUCCUGACUUUCGUUUUUGCAAAAAUAAAUUUAAUGUUUUUGA